UUUUCUGUCCAUUGCAAGUAAACCCUGUAACCGGAUGUUGUGAAGUGCACUGCUGCCAUCUUGUGGCAAGUGUAUCGCGUGUAUUUUAGGAGAUCAACUGACGGCUUACGUUAUGGAAAACAACUUAAACACAAAAAUCAAGAAGGUGCAGUACUAUUUCCACCUCUUUAAGUCUUAUAAUAUUUUUAGUUUUAGUAUCUAAUUUUUUAAAUUAAAUAUUUUUCUUUUCAGUCAUUAGUAAAUGUUUACAAAUUUUAGUCAUAGUUUUGGAGUAAUUAUUCUUCCUCAACUGUGGAGGGCGCUACCAGAUUUUGCAUGUCAUAAACCACCGCGGUAAAUGUUUCCCGCUGAAAACCAAACCAGACUGAAACUGAAUGAGUAAACAUGAACAUGGAGCAACAAGUUAGCGAUAAGAAAACAACAAAAACAUUGCUCGAAGAGGAUUAUGACACCGGUCAGCUCAACGCUGUGGCCUCGAAGUGGAUUCGAGACUUCCUUUUUAUCGGCGUUUGUCGUCGCUUUAGAGAGCAAAAUCAAGAUGCGUUCAAGGACGCCAUCUCAACUUACAAAUCCGUUUCUCAAACGCCCUUACUUGAGGCAGGAAGCUCAGAUAGGAAAGGACAAAUCUGUGACUUCCUUGCCAGGGUCAUACAAGGAAAGCAGUUGGGCACCCGUUUUGAGGAGGACGACGACGAAAGUGUGAUGCCUCUAAUGUCCGCAGCCAAAGUUUGGUUUUACCUCAAAGAUGUCGUGGAGGAUGAAGGCUUGUUUGAUAACGUCACACUUCUACUGAUUAUACAGUCUGUAGCCGUAUGCUUGGAGAAAGGUCAAAAAAAGCAAGCCACCGGCGCUCUUAAGUGGUUCGAGGAGCACGUGGAAUACCCGCGCAAAGUGGGAGCCAAGCUCGCCACAAUCGUGGCACAGAUGGACACCUACCACCAGUUUCUCACAGUGUUCAGUUUCGCGCGACUGCUGGAGUCGGUGCAGACCUUCUUGCACGCCUACCUAGCCAAGCAUCCGUCCGACUUCCUUCUCAAGGAAGCCAUCACAGCGGUCCAGUCGGCCCAAAAUACAGACGCUACAGACGGUGUGGCCAAAGAGGACAAGUCAUUCCUGGAGGCGAUCAACCGCUCAAAAUUAAAGACAAAAGCGGAAGAGAACAUUGAAGUCGUCUCAAACAAGAAAUCACGCUUGUCAAUCAAAUUACAAUCAGUAAACGAGUUUCUAACGUCGGAUGUGUCGAGCGAUGGUGGACACGAGCAAAGCGUGGACUCUUUGGGAGAUACCAUUCUCUCCACCGGGGCUGACCAGUCGCAAAAUGACGACGACCGACUUGAACAUAAUCGCCUCUCAAGAAAAAAGUCCCGUGGCCGAAGACUGUACUCUAGUAACUCGUCACAGCUGGACGCAUCACCAGACCAAUCCAGCAUCCGGAAAGAGAACGCCCGCUUUUCCAGUGACGACAAGGCCAACCAAUCAGGGGUGACCACUACAAAGAACAAACGCAAACUUUUUUCCGCUCGGAACAAAAUGUGGGAGCCAGACGCUCAGGUGAAGGCACAGGUUUUCGUCAGACCACUGACAAAAAGAGAUCUAAACAAUUCCUCUGUCAGUCAAGGGAGGCGUCAGCGGACGAAAUGGACAUCCGCGCUAGACGAAAAACUGGUGAGAGGGGUCAAGCGUCAUGGUAAAGGCAAGUGGUUACAAAUUCUGCAGGAUGAUGACUUUGAGGGCCGCACUGGCGUCAUGCUCAAGGACCGCUGGAGGGUUCUGGAGAAAGCUGACAAAGUGGACUAACUUUAAUUAUUAUUAUUAUUAUUUUUUUUUUUUUUUUUUUUGUAAUCUUUUUUAUUACAAUUGCGAUGCAUCCCUGUGUGCCACUAGAGGGCAUCAUUUGGCCAGUAAAACAUUGAGUUAACUCACAGAAGCUUCAAGAAUAAUGUACAUUUUCAGCUGUUAUUAACUCACUUGCUGUGCCAAGGAAUUAGCGAAUAGUGGAACUUGACCUUCUUUUGUUUCUUUUAACUUAAAUUGGAUUAAAUUAUUUCCAACAGUCUUUAUUUUUUCAUUUGAUAGAUUGCUUUUUGUCGCAUUUAUGUUUAAAAAAAUUCUGCCUCUGUUUGUUGUUAUAUAAUCUGCCUUGAAAAUCAACAAAGGACAUUUUUUUUAACCAAUCAGGUUGCAAAUCUCAUAGGACGAGUAUAUUUGUGCCCUGUGAUUGGUUGUUUAAACUAGCUAAACAGCGCACUCGUGAUCUGCUUAUACAAUUAAUAAAGAAUCUUUUUCGAGUAUCUUAUUUCCAUAUUUUAUGUAUCAUUUUAAUUGUGAACUCCAUCAACAUGCUCUAUAACUUACUUUUUUUUGUUUUAAACUCAUUGGCUGCCAUUGACGGCGAUCGAUGUCCAAACUAUUUGCCGCUGUCAGCCCUCCCAGUUCAACUGGGUUGGACUUCUCUCGCCAUCAACCGAGAAUAUAAAAAUUCUGGUACACGUACAGUGGUACCUCUACAUACGAAUUUAAUUCGUUCCGGGACCUUGUUUGUAAGUCGAAAUGGUCGGAUGUCGAACAGGAUUUUAACAUAAGAAUACAUUAUAAUUCCAUUGAUUUGUUCCACAGCCCAAAAUACUACAGUAAAUUCUUAAUAAAUGCUGCUGGUACAAUUGCAAAUGGCAAUUACGCAGAGCAAAACAAAUUAUGAAUAAAAAUUGGAAUGUUAAUACCUGUAAUAAUGUAACUAAUCGGGUUCUGUUGUGGCGGGUGUGUUUUGCGUGGUGUACCUGAACACAUCGCGUGGACGACUUGACUGAGUGAGAGAGGACAUUUCAGGCAUGAAAACUCUCACCUUUCGGCAAAAUUCGCCGUUUUGAAGUCAAAACGGGUGACCUACGUGAAUUGUGUAGAUCCGAUGAGGAAAUUUUUAAGGGGUUGGGGGUUCAGGAGAUUUUUUUUAUGUUGGAGGCAAGCGGAGUAAGCGGCACAAAGUCAGAAAAGCGCACCAGAGUGGCCAAACAUUGACUUAUUUCAACGAAACAAAGGAGGGUACACUUUUGUGUCCUGUCUCUUCAAUGCCAAGCUUGGCUGCACGUCAGCCGUGAAUGAACACCUAAAUCGCCAUCAGCCAGUUGUAAUUUUGGAAGACUACAGGAGACAAUUACAAACUCGUAGAUUGUAAGGUUUAGAGAACGUACUUCCAGUGAGCAUUUUAAAAUGAAAGCACGUCAUGUUCAUCAUAUACCGUAUUGCCCCGAAUAUAAGACGGCCCUUAUUAUAAGACGACCACCUCUUUUUCAAGACUCGAGUUUGAAAAAAGACUUUUUAAACACCAAAUUAAUUUUUAUACAGAAAAUAAUUAAAGUACAUCUGAAACAAAUUAUUAUAACAAUAUAUUUGAUAGAAAAAGCAUGUUAUUUUGCCUCAUUCAAAUCUUAAUAUCUGAACAUUUAAAUAUGUAAACUAAAGUGCAAUCACAUUCGUAAAUGAAAGGCUUUUGGUUUUUGCAAUGUAAAUAAACCAAUCUAUUGUGAUAAAACAACAACAUUGCAAUAACUGUGAAGUCUACCUGUAGUCUUGAAACAAAUCUGAAUAAGGAAAAACAUUGCAAUUAAAAAAUACAAACUAUUCUAUUAUUUUCUUCUCUUUUCUUUCUUACCGCUUUCUUCUCCUUCGUGUCAGGGUUUCAGUUUAGCCUGGGGAGUCAAGUUCAGCAUUCGCUUCAAUGAUAUCUGGCGCCAUCUAACGUCGUGAAUGGGUAUAAUGUCUAGACCCCGAAUAUAAGACGACCCCCACUUUUUCAGUCUUAUUUCAAUGCAAAAAACACCGUCUUAUAUUCAGGCCAAUACGGUAAAUAACGAUUUCUGGAGUUAAUCCCACAUACAUCAGAAUUCAAGAUUCUACAAUAAGAAUAGCUUUAAAAUCACACCCUUUAUGAAAAAUCUGAUUGGCAAUAAUUAUAAUACUAUUACACAUAGUAGUACACUAUAAUAUUAAUGCUAGAUAUUUUUUUAAGAAUUGUUUUGAAUCAUGUUGGAAAGGAGAAGUCAGUGUUCUGAAUCUGUUUACAUUCCAUUCUUUUGCACUAGUUAAUUCCAUCAGCAUUUGACCUCAUUGUUUAUAUGUGAUUUAUUGUUGUUAUUUACGUGUUAUUUGUACUUUAAUAAAGAAUUUAAG